AUGGCUCCCAAAUACGUCCCUACCAACACACUCUUGAAGAGUCUGAGCUACGCUCUCCGGGAGCACCAUCCGCAUUGUCCUACCAUAUUCCCCAUCAGACCAAAGACACGUCGUUCAGCGGCUACAUUCACGCACAGGCGUCAUGCCCAGGCUAUAUCGAUCCUCCCUACCGCGGUAGACAAGACCAGCGCAGACUUCAAGGACAAUAGCUCGCAACUGAGCGAGAUCAUGUCCAAGUACGCAAGCCUGCACCAGAAGAUCCCCCAGGGAGGACCAGACAAAGCCCGAAAGAAGCAUGUGGAAAGAGGCAAAAUGUUGGCAAGAGAUCGAGUCACGGCUCUCAUUGACCCGGCGGCCGCUGCUGCAAUGUCUCAUGGCCAUUCUCGAUGUUCAGAUGAGCUGCGCCCCGCGUCCGCAGCAAAACCCCUACCCUCCACUUGGCCAAUCGGUCCAGCUGCAGCCCACCCUUUCAGCCUGAUGCGGCUGGAAGCAUUGCCAAACGGAGGCUUUCGUCUGACCGAGAACCUCCCCGACAACGCGGUCCCUCUCUAUGCCAUCCUCUCACAUCGAUGGGAAAAUGAUGAUCAGGAAGUCACUUAUGGAGACAUGGUGAAAGGUUUGGGUCGAGACAAGGCUGGAUAUGACAAGAUCCAGUUCUGUGGAGAACAGGCGACCAGAGAUGACUUACAAUAUUUCUGGGUGGACAGUUGUUGCAUCGAUAAAUCAAACGAGGGUGAACAUCAGAAAGCUAACCAAUCCCAUGUUUCACUGCAUUGGGAAUUGGAUUUCCAGAACAGCAAAUGGUUCACUCGGGGCUGGACACUCCAAGAGCUGCUAGCCCCAGCUUCGGUCGAAUUUUUCUCUCGCAACCGCGCACGACUCGGUGACAAAGUUUGGCUACAGCAACCGAUUCAGCAGAAAACGGGAUUCAGCAUCAACGAACGAUUCUCAUGGAUAGAACGCCGCAAGACCACACUGGAAGAAGAUAAAGCGUACUCGCUACUGGGCAUUUUCGACGUCUCCAUCCCUAUUCGUUAUGGCGAAGGCAUAGCGAAUGCGUUCAAGAGGCUCGAAGAUGAGAUCAAUAAGCAGAUGAAGUGUAUCCGAGACUUACGCGUCACGGAUCCCCGCGAUGACAAAGAAACGGAUUGA